CAUAUGUAGUGUACGGGUACGGUUAGGUAUUCCGGUCCCGGCGGCGGUCCGCCGAAAAGUUGUGCCUAAUUGUUAGCUGUAGCUAGCACUAGCAAAAACAAUUGCACUAUUUCACGGCGUGGAUGUGCUAACGGUUGCGCGUGCGUGGAGAUUUCUAUAGCAAUUUUUUCCUCUGAAGUAACGUUGCGUGUAUUACAACGCCACGUUCACGCCUUCAUGGGUCAUGUGGGUAGGCAGGGCUGAUGAGGUUAGCAGCAGCACCUUGUGGCCGUGGGUAUCCAGCACAGGGCGGAGCAAGGCAGCAACUGAAAAAGUUUGCUGUGAUGAUGAAGCUAGACCCUAUUACUGUGGAAAACCUCAUUGCAGCCCGAAGUGCCCUGAGGAUAUGGGUGAAUGCAGCCUUAGCGACAAAGCUUGCACAAUACCGGCAGACGCAUUGGUUCCAUUUGAGGAUGUUGAAAACCAAAAGAGGCAAUCACAGCUACUGCAAGAACCGACUCGGGAGCCGAUUGUUGAAGGGCAACCCGAUGGCCACUGUCAUGUUUUCCACGGCGAUUCAGUGAGGACCUUUGAUGGUCUGACCUACAACGUCCCAUUAAGGUGUCGACAUUUCAUGGCGAGCCUUCCUUCAUUCAACGUGGACUUCAUUCCUCAUUAUUCUUGUAGCAACAUGAGGUGCAAGGGUGCCGUGUCUAUAUCGAAUUCUGCAACAAUUGUGGAUUUGCUACCCGAUGGCGUUGUGCAUGUAAACGAAAGAAGGGUGAGUGUGCCAUUUGUGACUGCAUCCGGUAUGACAAUCUUCCAGGAAGGAGUGUACAAGGUCUGCCGUGGGAUUGACGAGACUCGAGUGUCAUUUGAUGGUAGUAAUGGUGUGAUCAUCGCUGUCAACAAAAUCCAUGAAUCGGCAUGGGAAGCAAAUGAUGCCUACAGCCUGUGUGGUAACUACGACAAGGAUCCCACAAAUGACCUCCGUGGCCACUCUGUCCAAGAAUUUGCUGACAAACUCAUGGUUCCAGAAGACGGUGUUCUUUGCACAAAGCCAGGAGCAAGCCUCCUUAAUCCGUUUGAUAACCUCAACGCAGUUAACAAGGGUAGAGUCCAGAGGGCCUGUGACGAGUUUGCCACCGACCCGCUAUUCCAGCAUUGCCGGUCCCUGCACAGCGUGCAGCCGUUCUACAAUUCCUGCUGGUUAACUCUGUCAAACGCUCUGCAGGAGGGCUUAAGCUUUGAUCAAAGGCUGUGUGAUGUCUUUGCUGAAUACUCCUUGGCAUGCUCGCGGUAUGGUGUACCUGUGGAGUGGAGGUCAAAAAACUUUUGUCAUGUUUCUUGUGACCAUGACAUGGUGUACACGGAGUGUGGAUCCGCUUUCCCUCAGACCUGCGAGACAUUUUUCUUUCCAGGGGACUCCGGAAAUGAAUGCAUUCCAGGCUGUCAGUGCCCAUCAGAGACUUACUUCGCCGGAGAUUCAUGUAUUGCCAAAGAUAGUUGCCCAUGUUUUCAUGAUGGUGAACCUAAUCCUGCCGGUGCCAUCAUGAAGGACGAAUGCCGAAACUGUGUUUGUUUUGAGGGUAAGCUUCAGAUAUGCACGACACACGCCUGUCCUGCCACCUGCACCAUCUUGGGAGGUCGCCAUUUUAACACCUUUGAUGGCAAAAGCUAUGAGUAUGAAGGCAACUGCGAGCACGUACUACUUCAAAAUGCAACCAGUGACGACCCAGCCUUCAGCAUCUUCAUGGUUAAGACUAAGUGUAGCAAUGAUGAGCCGCGAUGCGAUGACAUUCCGGACAUUAGCAUUACGACCCCAGAUGGGACUCAGUAUGGAUUGUUGGAAGCUGAUGCAGUGACAGUAAAGGACCACCACAACCAGCCAGCACAAGAGCUGAAAUUGCCGUACUUUCGGAUAGCCGACAACAGUACAAUCAGCAUUACCUGCGUGUCGUCCAUUUUUACACGAGUGUCCAUGCCGAUGCUUGGUAUAGAGCUUUUGUUGGGAAGUGACAACCGUAUCUAUCUCUCAGUUUCUGAGAAAUUGUUUGGAAAGGUGGAAGGUCUUUGUGGAACCUUCAACAGAAUAACUGCCGAUGAUUACCAACUACCCACUGGAUUUGUUGUGAGGGUAUCGCACCUCUUUGCUCCCUGGUGGAAGUCAGACUCCCAAUGCACAAAUGCCCUGAUUGAGGAGACUUUGGACUACUGUGAAAAGGAAAACAGCCGCAGAGACGAAGCUGAAAACACCUGCAGUCAAUUGACAACAGAGCCGUUCAAAGAAUGUGGCCUUAAAGUUGACCCCAAGGCCUACCUGGAGAUGUGCAGGGACGUCCGUUGCAAGGCCCCUUACUAUAAAGGGACUGAGUGCCUGGCCUUUGCUGCAUACUCUCGAGAGUGCGCCAAAAUGGGUGUUGGUAUUGACUGGAGAAGCCCAGAUCUUUGUUCCAUUGCAUGUGAGGGCGGAAAGGUGUACAAGGAGUGUGGCUCCAUGUGCAAGGUGUCUUGUCGAGAUCUGGGGAAUAGAGAUGACUGCCAAGAACAGUGUGUCCAGGGCUGCCAAUGCCCCAAUGAUAUGGUAUUCAGCGAACGAUUAGACAAGUGUGUUCCCAUACCAGAAUGCCCAUGUCAUUUCAAGGGACGUCUUUACGAGCCUGGGACAUCAUGGAAGAGUAUUUGCAACAAAUGCACCUGCAAAAAUGGUGUUGUUGAGUGUACUGAGGACAUUUGCACUGCCGCUGGUGAUGAAUGCACGGGAAGCCAGGAGUACAUUGAGUGUGUUGAGUGCCAGCGUGAAUGCCAAAGCCUGCACCUGGCCUGCAGUGAGACCGAUUGCACCCCGGGCUGUGGCUGCCCGACUGGUACCGUCCGCACCGCCGACGACCAGUGUAUGCCAGAGACUGACUGUCCCUGCUACUUCAAUGGGCGAAGCUACAACCACCUAGACACUUUCUAUAAUGACUGCAAUCAGUGUUUAUGUUACCAUGGUACGAUAAUAUGUGGCAACACCGUAUGCCCAGCUACAUGUCGAGGAUACGGAGACCCCCAUUACAUGACAUAUGAUGGUCGGCUGUAUGAGUUUCAGGGUGAUUGUAGGUACGUCUUAACAACGGAUGGCUGUGGCCAGGAUGGUAGUACCAGUAUCUUCACUGUAGUCGUGGAGAAUGUUCCCUGUGGUCUGGGAAGGGUGACCUGUACCAAGUCCAUCCUGUUCACCCUGCUGGAUGUGCAAAUAUCCAUGGUGAGGGGCUCAGAUAUUGUCAUUACCCCUGCACCACCUGCACCCACACAGGCCCAGUACCGCUUUGUACGGUCAGGCAUCUUUCUCAUCAUCAAUACCAGGCAUGGGAUCACAGUGAUAUGGGAUUAUGGCACGUCCAUAUACGUCACUGUAGACGGCACCUUCAAAGGCCGUGUCUGUGGCCUGUGCGGUGAUUUUGAUGACAAUGCCCAAAAUGACUUCCGAACCCCGACUGGCGAGUUGGAGGCCACGGCUAAUGCCUUUGGCCACAGCUGGAAGACUAUCGAGAGCUGCCCUCUACCCCCGCCUCCGGUCCACCCUUGUGAUUUGAAUCCUGAGCGACGUGACUGGGCACAGUUUGCUUGCAGCAUCAUCCUGAAAUCUGUCUUUGAGCCUUGUCAUGAUUUGGUGGACCCUCAACCCUUCUACGACAACUGUGUCUUCGAUAGCUGUGGCUGUGACCGUGGUGGUGAUUGCGAGUGUCUGUGUACUGCCAUCACUAAUUAUGCUGAUAUUUGUAACUCAUUGAAUGCGCCAGUACCUUGGCGAUCCGAUGGCAACUGCGGUUUGCAAUGUGAAAAUGGCAUGGAGUACCAAGCCUGCGGGAAGGUCUGUGCUGAUACAUGCUACGAAAACCCCAGAAUAGAGGAGGAAGAUUAUGGUUGUGAAAUGCAUUGCGUGGAGGGCUGCCACUGCCCCGAAGGCACCAAGCUGUGGAAGGGCGAGUGUGUGGAUGACAUCCAGUGCCCAUGCAUGUACAACAACCAAGAGGUAGAGCCAGGAUUCGUUGUCAUCGAGGACUGUAGGAGAUGUGAAUGCAUUGAGGGCAACAUGACAUGCAGCGGGUCUACUUGUACAACACCAUUCACUCCUUCAUCAACAACUUUGUUUGUGUCAACAACUCCCUUGGUCUCAACGACACCAUUGGGUUCCACAACUAGACUGGUUCCAACAACCCCAUUGCGUUCCACAACGCCAUUGCGUUCCACAACGCCAUUGCGUUCCACAACGCCAUUGCGUUCCACAACGCCAUUGCGUUCCACAACGCCAUUGCGUUCCACAACGCCAUUGCGUUCCACAACGCCAUGCUCUUGCCUUCCUGGUGAGUUCACAUGCUACGACUGCUCCAGGUGCAUAUCUAUCGAUGAUGUGUGCGAUGGCAUAAACAAUUGCGACGAUUUUUCAGAUGAAGAAAGCUGUGAGUGUUUCUAUGGCGGCAAAAACUAUACCGUGAACCAGCAGUUUCCAGGAAAUGGUUCAUGUGAGGUCUGCAAAUGUGACAUUGGUUCAUCCACACCAAAUUGUGAGAAAAUAUGUGCCAUCACUUGCGCAACAGUGAGUACAGAUAUUGUUUCAAAGGGUUUCACGACCAUCCACAGUAAUUGUAUUAGGGCAUCCUUUUUUAUUCUUUGGUUUUCAUUUGCGACCCUCACAACUGCCCCAGACAAGGCCGAAUAAAUUUAGGGAUUGAUUUCCCACCCGACAACUUUGUAAAUACUUCAAAAUUAAUUGUCCAGAAUUGUCUGAGGUAUAUCUACAAAUUAUCUAAUAUGUACAGCUUCUUCUUAGUUAUUUACAGGUAGGCCUAUUGUUUGACAUUUACAGAAUAAUAUGUACAGAACGAGUAACACUAAAUUAUUAUGUGGGUUUAGUCAUUAAACUGCCUGCUUUAGGAAUUAAGUUAAUCAAUUAGCCCAAUAUCUGAAAUGCUCUCGCAAUGAAUCCUACAC